UUGCAAUUAUCCGACCUUUAUACUCUGAAGAUAUGGUAUGUUUCUUCUCUUCCUUGCAAAAUUCUAACUGGAGAUUAUGAAAAUCGGAUUUGUGGAAAAAGAAAAAUUUUGUUACAUGACAAAAACAUUUCGAAAGCAAUCUGAUUCUUGCCCUGUAAACUUUAAACGAAAAUGAACCAAAAAUUUUCUGUGACCGAGUUAUUCGGAACCAACCGUUUUAGAACCGCAUACAGUUGAAUGGGGUCGGUAUUGUUGCAACGGUUGGGUGUAUGCAGGCUACGUUGUAGCUCGGAAAUCCAGCCAAUCAACAUUGGCGAAUCUGCCACGGGCCCCUCCGGAUUAACUGUUUUUAUCAUAGUGGAACAGCUAACACUCUGUUUGAUUGCAAGGAAGAAAAACUAUCAUUUCAGAGAGUGAGCAUCGAGGGGAAUGUCUAAAUCCAGCAACAUGGAAACCGCUAUAUUAAUUGCUGUUCUUUGUGCAGUGAUUUUACCAGUGCAUUUCGUGGUGUCACAAGACUCUGAACAUUCGUUCUAUGCGGCAAAUGAAUUCGCAGUUAACUUUUACUGCAAGCUAGCGACCGUUCAUAAUGAGACGGAGAAUCUCUUGUUUUCGCCACUCACUACUUACACAGCUCUUGGGAUGCUUAAGGCUGGCUCAAAGACUACAACUGCUCUCCAACUUGAAAAUGCUUUGAACUGGCAAAGAUUCGUUGAUGGAUAUGGAACGAAUAAUGGCGAUGAGGCAAUUAAGCAUCUUCUUACCGAGGUGUUCGCCCCUCUUCAACCAAACAACACCCUGAGUGUAGCGAACAAGCUAUGGCUGCAAGAGUACUUUUGCACAGUUCGAUGUAAUGAUUACAUAAAGAGAAUAGAGAAAAACUUCAAUGCUGGUAUGGAAGAACUUAACUUUGUCACACAUCCGGAAAAAUCGAGGCAAGAAAUCAAUAAAUGGGUUGCGGAAAAGACAAAUCAGAAAUUUCAAGACCUUCUUCCCAAAGAAAGCGUUGACGUGUACACAAGACUUGUUCUGACUAGUGCUGUACACUUCAAAAACCUUUGGAAGUAUAGCUUUGACAAGAAGAAUACUACGAUGCAAGAUUUUACCAAGUAUAUUGGCGAUAGGUCUCAAAAAGUUAAAGUUCCAAUGAUGCACCAGCAAGGCGUCUUUCGCUCAUAUCGUUCCGUUGUCAAGUCUCCAUACGAGGUGUUGGAUAUCCCAAUUGUAGCCGAACUUUCAAUGGUAAUAAUUAUGCCGAAAACAAAUGAUCUGUUUCGAAGAAUGCAAAAAGACCUCCGGUUUGUUGAUGUCGAUCAAAUGCUACAAGAACUGUACGUUUUUCCUCCUUCAGUCAUGGAAAUCUAUUUGCCAAGAUUCAGAAUUUCAGACAAGUUCGAUUUGAAAGAUAGCCUCAAGAAUAUGUUGGGGAUAAAAUAUUUAUUCAGUUCACAAAAUGCUGACCUGUCCGGUAUCACGGGCUAUAGAGGCCUUUUCGUCACUCAUGCUGUCCACGAGGCAGCCAUCGAUGUCGAUGAAGAGGGGGCCCAACCAGCAAGCAGUGAUUUUGAUGGGGUUGGUCCUGCCAAAUCUGUCCGCUCUUACUUUCGUGUAAACAAACCGUUUAUUUUCCUGAUUCGCCACAAGCCAACACAUACUAUUUUGUUUAUGGGUUGUGUCAUGGACCCUUUGGCUUAAAGGAUACAACUCUUUCUAAAUCAUUUUCGUCUUAAUUAGUGGAACAAUCAUUCACUAAAUGUGCUUCAAUUUUCUAUGCAAAUCAUAAUAUUUAUCAGUAUUUACUCAAAUUAUUUAUCCUUUACAUCGUGGAUUUCUUUAUUUUU